AUGGCAGAAGGAGAAGCUCAAACUUUGGAUUAUCAACAAAGACGAUGGCAUAACAUAAGAAAACUUUUAGAAAGGUCUGGCCCUUUCUGUCAUCCUGAUUUUGAGCCAUCACCUGAAAUUUUGGAUUUUAUAAUGAAUUCCUGUAAAGUAUUAAUCGUGGGUGCUGGUGGUCUUGGUUGCGAGCUUCUUAAGGAUUUAGCAUUAAUGGGAUUUAAAAAAAUACAUAUAGUAGACAUGGACACUAUAGAACUUUCAAACCUUAACAGACAAUUUUUAUUUCGUAAGAAUGAUAUAGGACUAUCCAAAGCUAAAUGUGCAGUGGAAUUUGUUAAUAAAAGAGUACCUGGAUGUGAAGCAAUAGCUCAUCAUUGUGCAAUUCAAGAUUUAGAUGAUGGAUUUUAUCGACAGUUCCAUAUUGUAGUAUGUGGACUUGAUUCAAUAGUGGCAAGACGUUGGUUAAAUGGCAUGCUAAUGUCAUUACUGCAGUAUAAUGAUGAUAGAAGUUUGGAUCAAAGUAGUGUUAUUCCACUAGUUGAUGGCGGCACUGAAGGAUUUAAGGGGAAUGCCAGAGUAAUACUUCCUGGAAUGAGUGCUUGCAUUGAAUGCACACUUGAUUUGUAUCCACCACAAAAAACAUUCCCCUUGUGUACAAUAGCCAAUACUCCAAGAUUGCCAGAACACUGUAUAGAAUAUGUUAAAGUUCUCCAAUGGAGUAAAGAAAACCCAUGGGGUAGUUCUACCAUUCUUGAUGGAGAUGAUCCUCAACAUGUGGCAUGGGUUUAUGAGAAAGCACAAGAGAGAGCUAUGAAAUAUGGCAUAACAUCUGUUACAUACAGACUGACACAGGGUGUAUUAAAGAAUAUUAUACCUGCUGUAGCCAGUACUAAUGCUGCAAUUGCUGCAGUUUGUGCUACUGAGGUAUUCAAACUAGCUACCUCAUGUUGUACAAACAUGAACAACUACAUGGUUCUAAAUAUGUCUGAUGGAGUAUACACUUAUACAUUUAAUGCUGAAAAACAACCAGAUUGUGUAGCCUGCAGUAAUACUACUAGGAUCAUGGCAAUAGAACCUGAUGCUACAUUACAAGCCAUAUAUGAUAAACUAUGUGAGGAUAAAGGAUAUUUAAUGAAAAGUCCAGGCAUAACAACAAUUAUCAAUGGUCGCAAUAAAACUUUGUAUAUGUCAUCAAUUAAGAGUAUUGAGGAAAAGACAAGAGAUAAUUUGAAGAAGAAGAUAACUGAGCUAGGAUUGUACAAUGGAGCUGAUAUACUUGUAGCUGAUGCAACAACACCUAACACUCUUACAAUAAAAUUGAAAUUUUCAGAGAAUGUUGAUGUAGAGAUGGGACGA